AUGUGCUACCAAUUAGUUGAGCGCUACUCGGCAUGCCGAUGCCUCUACUACCAACACGCUGUCGACCGCUGCGCGGCCUAUGGCCGACCAGGCCACGGCAUCCAACUACGGACAAUCCUCGUCGGCUACGCCUGCAGUGACCACACAUCACACUCCAGCGGCCACGACUACUCAACCUACGCCACACAUUACUCGGACUCGGGCUACCACUCGGGCUCGGGGCGCUCCUCCAAGAGCUCCCACGGCCACUACCGAUGA